UGGUAAUGUGACCAUAGCGCAUGCUCGCUUCACAGUAUUUCGUGGCUGUGACACUUUUCCUAACCUGAAUAGUCGUCCACUUCAACGAUUAAUAUGUUGGUCCAUGAGGCAGAGUGACGCUUAUUUUUUUAUCAAAUUGAUUUUUGUCGUGCAAAAUGGAAUGAGCCCAAUUUCAUUAAAGUCAGUGAGGAAGACAGAAUUCUUGAGUAUUACCAAUUUUUUCGAUAGGAAGAUCAAAUAAGAUGACAACAAAGAAAGGUAAGGUAUUGACCAAAGGAGCAAAGCAAAUAAAGGAAGAGAAUGUCUCUACGCUGAGUUUUUACAUCUACAUGGCCUUAGGCGCAAUGGGAAUGCAUUUCGUAACGAUGAUGUUGCGUGAAUUCAACGCACUGACAAUAAGUCUAAUGGCAUUUUCUGCAAUUAUAUAUAUAGGAAGCUACCAAUUCAUGUCGUAUAUGGCUCGCGCCACGUACUCUGAAUCCGGCCAGCUCCUGGAUCCAGGUGUUGAUCUCAACAUGGAAGGUGGUAUAGCAGAACAUUUCAAAGAUUUAAUCAUAUUAACAUCAGGAGUGCAAAUUCUGUCCCUUAUUUCGAACUACUUCUGGUUAUUGUGGCUUUUGGCACCAUUGAGGGGAAGCUGGGUGCUUUGGAAACAAAUUUUGGCUCCGUGGUUCUUUGCUCAGCCACAAGAGCAAUCUGAGAUGAACGAGAAGAAAAUGCGCAAGUUAGAAAGGAAAAUGGCGAAGCGAUAUCAAUGAAAAUAUCUUUGUUGCUGUACAAUAAGAAAAUUCCAUUGAAUUAUACCUGAUUUAACCAAGGGGAUGGUAGCGAGUUUAAAAAACACUGGAAAGAGACAGAAGUUUGGAAAAUUUAAAAUUUUUUCUUGUUGAGAAAAUUGAGACUGUGUAGUGAUUCGACAUUUAUAUAGGAUAAAUAUUAAAUGAAACAAGAUUUUGGAGAUUUUUACAAACAUGUACGAAACAAGGAAAUACUUUCACAGAAUUAGGAGGAAAAUCGCAAAAUGGGAGACAGAUUUUUCGCCGAUACCUCUUUGCAUUUUAAACAAUUCUCGGCAGACUGCAAUCCAUUUUAUUAUGUCUAUAAGUAACGAGGCACUUCUUAUUCGAUAGUAUUUGUAAAUUCAUUCCUAUAUAAAAAAUCGGAGGCAAUACUUAAUUAUAUAUAUUAUUGGAAAGUCAAUCUUAAUUAAAUAUAUUCAAAAAGAGACAUUACAUUAAAGUAGGAAAAUAAAGAAAAUCUUAAAGCCAUUUAAAGUUGAAUAAUAGAUGACCGGAAUAAUCAUAAGAUCACUCCAGUGGAGCAAUCGUAGCACACUAAUUGUAACUGUUAGUAGUAAAAACAAAGAAUCCCAUAUUCUGAGUGGGUUCCAUUGAUUUUUCCACUAGCUUAUAAUAUAUUCAUAUAUUAAUAAAUAUUACUUCCAUCACGAUUUAUAUAGGAAUAAAAAGUGGAUAAGAAGUAUCUCGAUUUGUUAAUCUUUAUCUAACUUUGUUAAUUAUGCUAAUGUAAAUGAUUCUUUUUGUAAUUAUAGCGAUAAUACAGUAAUGCUCAAUUUUUUAAAUUCUUAUCUUUUAUUAUAUAUGUGAGAAUUUGAAUAAUAAAAUGAGAGCACACGCGCACGCGUGCAUACGCAAGCGCCUUCUUGGAAAUAAUGGUAACAAAUGACGUUAAAACACGUUGAAGUGAUGGUUGAAUAGAUAAAAAUCAAAUAAUAAUCUAUCAUACUUGUAUGUAUUGUACAUUUAAUGUUUAGUUUAGCUACCUCAAAAAUCAAUGAAAUUAGGCUUAUUCGACACGUUCUUGCAUAAAAAAGCGUUAUUCUACUUUGCGAACCGAGAUAUUAGUUAAGGUCGUAAAAUUACCAAGAUACAUAUUACGGAAUGAGAGUUAUUCCAUUAGUGCUGAAUUCAGAUUCCUACUAGAGUAUCACCCAGGUAUCACUCCAUCCUUGUUUAUCAAACAUUAGACAAGAGUGACAUGAUACCUGGGGAGCAUCCAUGUGGGAAUCUGAAUACGCUUUAGGAGGUCCGCACAUACUUUCCCAAACAACAAUCGAAAGAUGUAUCAGAAGAAUUAACCAAUCAGUCAAGAAUUUUCAAAAUCUUUUAGCUUUGAUUGGCUAACUUUUAGAGUGCUAUUACAUGAUGCGCGGAAACGACAGUAACUCAAUUUUAUUAGAUAUUUUUUGAUCCUAGUGGAACUAAUUCAAACUUGAGUUAUUGGAAACACUCACAGCCGAUUAUUUAUCCAGUAGAUCCAUAAAUAAGAACCAAUGGUUUGGUGAAUUCUGAAAUCCAUCACAAAAAAAGUGUUGCAACUUUUUUAUGACCAGCUAUACGUACAGGAACAUCUGCCGAUUAUAUUUUGUGUACCCA